GCACACCCUUUCUUUCUUUUGCAUGCUGAGUAGUUUGAACAAUGCUUCUUAAAUAUAGAAAGAAAUGUAGAGAAAGGCAUCACACAGACUUCCAGUAAUCUCUGCCUACACUCCAGUCCGAUUCCGCCCUCUUUGCUAACACAAAAGAAGCAGAGAAUCGAGGCAGUGUAUAUAUGAAGGAAGGCAUUGAGGGAUCUGCUGAAGAUGAGGCGGCUGAAUCGGAAGAAGACCUUGAAUUUAGUGAAAGAGUUGGAUGCCUUUCCAAAGGUUCCAGAAAGCUACAUAGAGACUUCAGCAAGUGGAGGAACAGUUUCUCUAAUAGCUUUUACAACUAUGGCUCUGUUAACCAUAAUGGAGUUUACGGUAUAUCGAGAUACCUGGAUGAAAUAUGAGUAUGAAGUAGAUAAGGAUUUUACUAGUAAAUUAAGAAUAAAUAUAGACAUUACAGUUGCAAUGAAGUGUCAACACAUUGGUGCUGAUGUGCUGGAUUUAGCAGAAACUAUGGUUGCUGCGGCAGAUGGAUUAGUCUACGAACCAGUAAUAUUUGAACUCAGUCCCAUGCAAAGAGAGUGGCAAAGGAUGCUGCAAAAUAUUCAGACUCGGCUGCAGGAAGAACACUCUCUUCAAGACAUAAUAUUCAAAAGUGCUUUUAAAAGUGCUUCAACAGCACUGCCACCAAGGGAAGACAAGCCUGUCCAAUCUGCAGAUGCCUGCAGAAUUCACGGGCAUCUCUAUGUGAAUAAAGUCGCAGGCAACUUUCACGUUACAGUGGGCAAGGCAAUUCCCCACCCAAGGGGCCACGCGCAUUUGGCAGCCCUUGUGAGUCAUGAAUCAUACAACUUUUCCCAUAGGAUAGAUCAUUUGUCUUUUGGAGAGCUCAUCCCGGGGAUUAUUAAUCCUUUAGAUGGUACUGAAAAGAUUGCAUCAGAUCAUAAUCAGAUGUUCCAGUACUUUGUUACAGUUGUGCCAACAAAACUUCAAACACACAAAAUUUCAGCAGAAACUCAUCAGUUUUCAGUAACAGAAAGGGAACGCGUGAUCAACCAUGCAGCCGGAAGUCAUGGGGUUUCCGGAAUUUUCAUGAAAUAUGAUAUCAGUUCCCUUAUGGUGACCGUGACCGAGGAACACAUGCCCUUCUGGCAGUUUUUAGUGAGACUCUGUGGCAUAGUUGGAGGAAUUUUUUCUACUACAGGCAUUUUACACAGCAUUGGAAGAUUCAUAGUGGAAAUUAUGUGCUGCCGUUUCCGACUGGGGUCUUAUAAAUCUACAUCUGUCCAACUUCAAGAUGGUCACCUAAACAACCACAUACCUCUAAUGACGGACAAUGCUACCCAUUAGCACCUUCUUCAGAAACUGUUUUCUUUCUGUCGGAUGCAGAAGACACUUUUAUAGCAAAACAUUGUGCAAUAUGUUAAAUACAGUGCUGAUGGAGGAAAACAAGCCUUUUGCAAAAAAAAAAAAGAAAAAGGGAAAACAAUUAACUUCUUUGUGUGACUUGUCUAUCCUUUCAAGCAUUCAAAAAGAGGCCAAGAUGAUCCAUGAAUUAAGUCCUACUUCCUGAAUGAACAGGAUUGUUGUUUAGAUGAGACUGUAAUUCAGAAAUUGCGGUUCACCAUGAAACUAUCAACUCUAGAUUCCAAAGCAUUACAGAUUCUCAUGAAAGCUAACAUUCAAAGGAAUGAAAUUGGAAAGAAAUGCAUUUUCAGUAUGUAGCAUAGCAGGAAAAUUUGCAGCUUAAACCCAGAAGUUGUAUAGUUUUGUUUUUAAAACAGGAUGCAAGAUGUUAUUUUUUCCCUACUACAUCUUUUAAAAUGUCACUGCUGUAAUAAGAAUAUGGAAAUUCCAGGAAAUGGAGAAUUCAUAGCACAAGAAAGAAAAUUAAAAUCUUGUACUGGAAGCAUAGCAUGUAUGCAGAUUUAUGAAUUGGCUGUUUAAACAAAUGUGGAAAACAUUUGGUAUAUCACUUAUUUUCAAACAAACUCUUCCUCAAAAGAAAAUGGAGUGGUCAAAAAAUUAUGGGCUUUUCAUAUUGUAACUUGAUGAGAGUAAUUGAUAGCCUUUUUUUCUAGGGGCUCAACAACCUGAAGGAUCCAUCAUGGUAAUUGUAAUAUUUCUUGAGUUUAAGGUACCAUCCAAUUGGAUUAUGAAGCUGAUCUCCAUGUUUUUGUAGGCUGGUGCAUAUGUCCUUGUGCCCUGCAUUAAAAUUUUCUUGAAUUUAUGGGAACUCUGUUGGCAGACAGUGGAAGAGAGGAAUACUGAAAUUAGUGGACAUUAAUGCAAUUCUAUGAAUCUUAUUGAAUUCAGUGGCUAUUAAUUCCAUACUAUGUAAGUAGCUACAGGACCAUAGUCUAAAUCCUGAGUCUUGUGUAUCUAGCUGAUAUUGGAGGUAGUCACUAUGUUUUCUGGUUGCCAGUGAAUUUCAUUCAAGGUCCACAGUCAUCUGUAACCAAUAAGAACUGGAUGUCAAUUAUUUAUUUGGGAAGCUUAAUAUAGGAAAAAUGUAGAAUGCACAGUUGGUUCCAUCAUAGCUUCCAAAAAUGUUCCCUGUGUUGAAGAAUGGAAAAUGCAGUAAUGACACUUAAAACAUACCAGCUUGGUGCUUUAUGAACAGUAAAAAGCCAUGGCUGCUAGCUGGAAGGACCAGAGUGGAAGGAAAGAUCUGAACUUAAUGCCAGUGGAAGAGAUAGUGAGAAUCUGAUGCCAAUGAAAAUUGUCAUAUUCCAGCAACGUGGUGUUGUGGGAGAUGAACGUGUCUCAUUCUGAUGGUUAGAUCAGGCACACCAUAGUUUUCAGGCACUAAACUAAUAGGUUUAAACUGUCUUGCAGAAACCAUUUUUGACGUACCUAACUCACAGGCUGGUGGCAAGCAUUACGCUAAGAAAGAUUAAUCAGUAGGUUUUGUAACAAAAAGUGGUCUUCCUUUUUUGGCCAAAAUGUUUGGCUUUCCCUCCUUAUGAGUUAGGGUGGGUAUUAGUGCUUGUAAUUCCUGGGAAUGUAGAACUCUGCUGGGAUUGUGACGUACUGGCUCUGAUCCGUACAGAGUAUACUUCCGAGAUCUGCAGAGUGAGUAGGAAGCCUUUCGGGCACUAUUACCUUGGCCAACAAUUCCAUGUUGCAAGAAUGCUUUUCAGGAAGCCAAGCAAUGAAUUCAUCGCUUGUCAAAAUGAAGUGGGAAGAAAGGGACAAGUUCACCACUGCUGUCGGGGAGGGACCAAUGCUUUGUCCAGUUUUCAGGAAUCAGGGACAGGCUCUGAGGACAUGGUCUGAGAGCAUUCACAUUGCUGUUAAUAUCGAAAGGGUAUUAGCAAGACUACAUGGGUGAUUUUAAUGUGUUACACAGUGGAGAUUUUUGCCGCUUGUGGCCUCUCAUUUUAGAAGACAAAUAUGGAAUAAAUAAAUAAAUAAAUAAUAUGUAUUA